AUGGCCGAACCACAGUCCGCCCUCUUGUUGAGAAAACAACUAGCUGGUAAGAAUAAAAUUUUUUAUACGUUUUUCUAAGAUUUAUGCCGAUCUCCUGUCGAUGGAUUCUCAGCCGGAUUAGUAGACGACGACAACAUAUACAAGUGGGAAGUCUUGAUCAUCGGACCACCAGACACUUUAUAGUAUGUUUUUUUUUGUUUUCAUAUUUUUGUGAGAAGUUUUAGCCUCCAAUAACGGAUGUUUUUUUAGCGAGGGAGGUUUCUUCAAGGCACAUUUAGAGUUUCCCAAGGAUUACCCGGUUAGGCCACCAAAGAUGAAGUUCAUUUCAGACAUUUUCCAUCCAAAUAGUAAGUCUUUUGUAGAGCAUUCAUUUGCUUUUAGUUGAUUCAAAAGGAGGAGUUUGUAUUUCCAUUCUUCACGAACCCGGGGAUGAUCAUUAUGGAUAUGAGAAAGCCGAGGAGCGUUGGUUGCCUGUCCACACGGUAGAGACCAUUCUUUUAUCCGUGAUUUCAAUGCUGGCCGAUCCUAACUUUGAAUCUCCUGCCAAUGUUGACGCUGCAGUAUGUUCUUGGCUUAUUUUCGUCUUUGUUUUGUCGUGCCCGUCCAUAAAUGGGCACAAACCACAAUGGGAAGAUGCCAUAAUGGGCAGAUUUUGAGAACCCGCUCGAAUGUUACAGGUACCCUUAUAUAUUUGUAAAAAAAUGUUCGGAAAGAAGUAUGAAUUGUGUUUGACAAAUUUGUUGGAAGUGUAAGUGCAAAAUUUGUUUAAAAAAGAGUAAUUUCGGAAACGUGUAGGUUCUGAAAUAAGAUUGUUAGAUUCAGUCUUCAAAAUUACACUUAAAAAUUUUACACUUGCAACAAAUUCGCCAAUAUAACAUAAUUUCUAACAGCGUUGCAUCAAAAUUAACACUUUUCUAAUCACAGUUUUUACAAAUUCUCUGAAAUUUGAACGGGUUAUCGAAAUCUGCUCAUUUUGGCGUACCCAUUAUGGACCGUUGCCGUUUUCGCUACGUAGUUUUAUUUCUCAAUUACUUGUAGAAACUUCAACGUGAAAACUAUCCCGAAUUUAAAAAACGAGUCGCCGCUUGUGUAAGGAAAAGCCAGGAAUCCUUCUGA